CGAACUUGAUAAAGACGAAAAAGAGCGAGCGGGCUAAGGAGAAGGAAGCAAGAGGCUUUGCUGCUACCUACUCUUUAAUUCCAGGAAAAAGCGACAGACAGCAACAAGAAGAUAUUCAUUACAUCCCUUCUCCAUGAUUGCAUGAACAGUUGAUGUAACCAUGGUACUAAUACUGGGGCGCAGAUUGAACAGAGGGGAUAAUCGGGUCCAAGAAUCCCCAGUCACCAAGCGUAAAGUUUUUGAAAUGGACCCAAAGUCUUUAUCAGGCCAUGAGUUCUUUGAUUUUUCUUCUGGCUCAUCCCAUGCUGAAAGCAUACUUCAGAUCUUCAAUGAAUUUCGUGACAGUCGCUUGUUCACAGAUGUAAUAAUCUGUGUUGAAGGCAGAGAAUUUCCUUGUCAUCGUGCUGUUCUUUCAGCUUGCAGCAGCUACUUCAGAGCUAUGUUUUGCAAUGAUCACAGAGAAAGUCGGGAGAUGUUGGUAGAAAUUAAUGGAAUUUUUGCUGAAGCCAUGGAUUGCUUUUUACAAUAUGUAUAUACAGGCAAAGUAAAAAUCACCACGGAUAAUGUGCAGUACCUGUUUGAAACGUCAAGUCUCUUUCAAAUAAGUGUUUUGCGCGAUGCAUGUGCUAAGUUUCUAGAAGAGCAACUAGAUCCUUGUAACUGUCUAGGAAUUCAACGUUUUGCUGAUACACACUCUCUGAAAACACUCUUUACAAAAUGCAAAACUUUUGCACUGCAAAAUUUUGAGGAUGUGGCCCAGCAUGAAGAAUUUCUUGAGCUUGGAAAAGAUGAACUUAUUGAUUACAUUUGCAGUGAUGAACUGGUAAUAAGCAAAGAAGAAAUGGUGUUUGAAGCAGUUAUGCACUGGGUUUACCGGACUGUGGAAUCCAGGCGCUCAGUUCUACAAGAAAUUCUCACACAUGUGAGACUGCCUUUGUUACAUCCUAACUACUUUGUUCAGACAGUGGAAGUAGACCAGUUGAUUCAAAACUCACCUGAAUGUUACCAAUUGUUACAUGAAGCACGGAGGUACCAUGUCCUUGGAAAUGAAAUGAUGUCUUCAAGAACUAGACCACGAAGAUCAACUGGCUACUCUGAAGUUAUAGUUGUUGUUGGAGGUUGUGAGCGUGUUGGGGGAUUUAAUUUGCCAUAUACAGAAUGUUAUGACCCAAUGACAGGAGAGUGGAAAUCCCUGGCAAAAUUACCAGAAUUUACAAAAUCUGAGUAUGCAGUUUGUGCUUUGAGGAAUGACAUCCUUGUUUCAGGUGGGAGAAUCAAUAGCCGUGAUGUGUGGAUUUAUAAUUCUCAACUUAAUAUUUGGAUCAGAGUCGCUUCUCUAAAUAAAGGGAGGUGGCGUCAUAAAAUGGCAGUCCUUCUUGGAAAGGUGUAUGUGGUUGGAGGAUAUGAUGGGCAAAAUCGACUGAGUAGUGUGGAGUGUUAUGAUUCUUUUUCCAAUCGAUGGACAGAAGUAGCUUCACUUAAAGAAGCUGUCAGUUCUCCAGCAGUUACCAGCUGUGUGGGCAAACUGUUUGUGAUUGGUGGAGGUCCAGAUGAUAACACAUGCUCUGAUAAGGUUCAGUCGUAUGAUCCUGAUACUAAUUCUUGGCUCCUUCGGGCAACAAUCCCCAUUGCGAAGAGAUGUAUUACAGCUGUAUCAUUAAACAAUCUCAUUUAUGUUGCUGGGGGACUCACAAAAGCGAUAUAUUGCUAUGAUCCGGUUGAAGAUUAUUGGAUGCAUGUGCAGAACACAUUUAGUAGACAGGAAAACUGUGGCAUGUCUGUCUGUAAUGGGAAAAUCUAUAUCCUUGGUGGGAGAAGAGAAAAUGGAGAAGCCACAGAUACUAUUCUUUGUUAUGACCCUGCAACAAGUAUCAUUACUGGAGUAGCUGCCAUGCCAAGACCAGUAUCAUACCAUGGCUGUGUGACUAUUCACCGAUACAAUGAUAAGAAGAAUUUUUGAGUAAGAAAUCAGGCUCAUAUUACUGUCAGAAUUUGUAGGGCAGGAAAGCAGCCUUUUCCAAAGUGUCAUCUGGAAAGAAACACUGUUGUGUUUAAAAUCUUGAUUGUUACAUAUUUCCCAUAAUUAUGAUUUUUAACUUCCUCUGAAAUCAUUAACAGUUGAUGUUACUAAAUAGAUCAUGCUCAUGUCCAUAUUGUAUUUUUUCAAGUUUAUUUCAAAUAGUUUUACCUGCAUUUUUCAUAUUUUCAAUGUGAUAAGUACUGUUUACUGUCAAUGUGAAAAAUUAAGUUUAUAUAUGAUUUAUGUGUAAAUGGUUUAAGUAAUAUGUUGCCCUUUAUUUUCUUUCACUUUGAAUUUAUAGUACCAUUAUUAGAAUAAUUUUUAAAAUAUUUGAAAAUAAUAUACACCAAUGUUGCUUUGCAUCAUCAUGAAAGAAUCAUAAAGAAUAUUAAAAAUAUUUAGGUCCAUCUAUAUAAAAAAAAUCACUGUUAAAGAGGUGUUUCUUUUUUUUUUUAGUAUGUGGUAUGUGACUAUUUUUCAUUUUAUUUCUAAAUGAGACCUUAAAACAUCUUAGUUACUUUUUAAAUCUUCAGAAUUUCCAUCUGAAAUUAAGUAUAGUAAAGAUCACAUCAUAGUUGUCCAUCAGGAGCCCAAAGGACUUUAAUUAGGAUUAAAUUCUGCCACUCACUAUAUUGGGUUUCAGUAUUGGUCCCAAAUUGGUAAAUAACAACUUUAGAUUUCAAAAAAUUCAAUAGUAAGGAGCUUUUGUUUAAGAUACAGUAGAACCAAUGUACAAGCAGUUGAUUAAUCAUUGUCUUCUAUUAAAGAAUAAAAACAACUGUCAUGUACCUGUUAUUAAUAUUUUUCCAGGUAACAUCUCUCUGUGACAUGGAUCAUUUUCUGAAUUCUGUUUUUUUCCUGUAGCAUACCCUGUACAACUUGAAUAAAUUUGACAUAUUUUAGUGUAGAAAAUGCAUAUUAAAACAUGAUUUCUAGCUGUGAAAAUAAGUAUACCUGUUACCAGCACUUUUGUGUUGUGUAUUGCUGUGAUCAGUAGUUGUACGAUAAACAUUUACAGUACAAGAACAUGUUUUACAAGGAAAAUUCAUUAUGCCGUUUUGUACACUAUUGUUUGCUUCCUGAAUAUUUUCCAUAUAAUUAUUACACUGCUGUGAAUAUUAUGAAAUUUUCUUGGACAUUCUGACAUAGGUAAGUUAUGUAUAUUCUUUUUACAUCACCAUUUUUAUAUCUGAUAUGUUCAGCCAACAUACAUUUGCUUGACUAGACUAUAAAUGUUAAUCUCCCAUAUAUACUAACAUUUAACUUUAUCAGGAACUGAGUCAAAGUGUGCCUGAAAAAUAUGCCUGAUUAAAUUGAUUUUUAAGCAGUUAUUAUAUACUAUGUGACAUUUCUGGUGCCUUGGAAUCUUAUAUAAGUGUACAUUCAUCAAAUGUUUUAAUAAGGAUAUGGCUCCAAAUUAAUUAUUUACUGAGUGCUUUCUCAUAGAUACUCUUGUGUUUGCAGUAGGUGCCUUUAAAUACUUUUAGCAUUGGCUAUACAGUACUUUCAUUAUUGGAAGCAUUUGUGCUGCUGUGCAGUAGAUUAUACAUGUUGUAAUUUUUCAAUAAUAUAUGAAUUAACAGUUCAAUGAAUUUGGUUUCUGUGAUUAGAGAAAUCCAGGUAAGUUUUUUGUUACAGCAGUGGGACAAGAAUAGAUUUUUAUUGAAAUCAAAGGGGUUGUUCCCCCUCUUGAUUUCA